AGUGGAAAAGUUCAACAGUUUUAUCAAUGUUUGAUCUUGUUGUGUGGCUUAUGAUAUUGAGUGCAAAUUCGUGGAUCACACGAAUGCUGCUACAUCUUCAUCUGUGUUUUAUUGUUGUUGUUGUUGUUGCGAUGUAAACAAUUUGAUUUGACAUCACAAAUGAACGAGCUAGCGAUCGCAUUCGCUCUCAUUAUUCGCAAUUUUCCCAAGCAUUUUAAUUUUUUUUUUUUUUUCAUAGCGGUGCACAAUCGGCUCAUGAACCAUAUUCGGUGUUGAACAUUCUUCCGAUCUCUUUUCAAAAUUCGACAUUUAUCUAUCCAAAGCCAUUCGCCAAUUUUAUAAUUUAGUUUUAAUAUUCAAACCGAAACCGUAACGUGCCGUUUUUUUUUGGAACAAUAAAUUAUAUGUGAACCGAAAUUAAAAAUAAAAAUAUAUAGAUAGAAAGACAAAAUGCAAAAAUGGUACAUCAAGUGAAAUGAUGAACGCUUCGAUUGAAGAUCAUGCCAUCAAAUGUUCUUGCAAAAGAAAGUUGAUCGCGUCACUUAAAUUGCAUGAAAAUCCAUUUUUCAUCGCAAUAAAACUAUAAUACGAGCUGAAAAAUAGACUGAAACGACAAUUAAAUGCUAAAAUCAACACAAAAGAGAGAGAAAAAAGCGCGUGUGAUUUUUUUUUCAACAGAUCCCGAAUGAAAUGAAUGAUUAAAUGUACGCUUUUUUGCCGCUCAACAACCACUGCCACACAAACACAUCCGAGAUUGAAACACCGAUAAAAUAAAUUGUGUUUAUUGAAUAUGACGAUUGGUACGCAUUUAUUGAUAGUCUUGAUUGCGUUGGAAAAUUUCAAAUUGACCAUCGCUUAUCAUAUCAGCGUGGAACCCCAAGCAACGCUCAAGUACAAUGGACACAUCAUUGAUACCGAAAAUCUGCACACAUUUUUAGAUAAUCAUGAGAAACAGUUGCUGUUCGGAAUAAAUCAUCACAUUCAAAAGAAACCAUACAAACUCGUAAAUGUAAAACAUAAAUUGAGGAAUCAACGGUCCGUACGAGACAUCAUUCAUUUACAAUUAAACAGCGGUGAUGAUGCAUUGGAUACGAACCAUAACCGAUCGAAUCGAAGCAAUUGUGUGCAUGGCAUUGAUUUGCAUUUGCAUCGAUCGACAAAGUUACUAGACGAUAAUUUUGUAUUUAUCAAACGCGACGAAAAUCAAACUCAACUCAUCGACGAUUUUGAUAAAUUGGCCGAAAAAUACUCGAACUGCUUUUAUCGCAAUGAAAAUUCAGCCAUUGAUUUAUGCGAUGGCAAUGUGCGAGGAAUUUUAUAUCAAAAUUCGCGAAAUCUUAUAAUUCAUCCGUUACCCACGCGAUUCGGAAGUUCGUCUCACAUUUUAUAUGAAACUGAAUUGGCAGCUGGUAAAUUUGACGAAGACAGACUUCAAGAUGAUAUUAAAAGUAAAUUAUCAAAACAAAUAGAAUCGAAAGAUGCGAUGCAUUUGGAACGACGUCGACGUUACAUUACAUCUGGUUCAAAUCGAAAAAUUCCGCAUGUAUUAUUUGUUGAAACGGCCAUUUUUGUGGAUCGUGAUCUAUUUCGGCACAUGGUAAAAAAUUAUCCCAAAAAUACCGAAGGAAAUCUCAUUCGCUUUGUUAUGGCUAUGAUCAAUGGUGUUCAAUUGCUGUAUCAUCAUCCAUCGCUCGGCCAUCAAAUCAAUUUUAUAUUGAAACGAUUGGAAAUUCUACACAAUGAUCCAAAAGAAUUGCGACGUUCCAGCGAUAUUGAUAUAUUUUUGAAUAGUUUUUGUAUGUGGCAACGAAAAUUCAAUCCAGUUGCCGACGAUAAUAUCUUUCAUUUUGAUCAUGCGGUUAUUCUAACAGGCCUGGAUCUAUAUGUUGUGAGUAAAAAUGGGAAAAUAAGCAGCCAAGUGGUUGGUUUGGCUCCAGUUGCCGGAAUGUGCACAUCUACAUCCAGCUGCACCAUUAACGAGGGCAAACAUUUCGAAAGUGUUUUUGUCGUUGCUCACGAAAUUGGUCACAAUUUGGGUAUGCGUCAUGAUACCGCUGAAAAUAAUUGUGAUCCAAGCUUGUUUAUAAUGUCGCCGACAUUGGGCAGCGGCAAAAUUACAUGGUCAAAAUGCAGUCAAAAUUAUUUAAAGUCAUUUUUAGAAACUAGUCAAGCGAAAUGUUUAUUUGAUCAUGGCCAAACCGAUCCAACACUGGAUCACGGUGCUGAAAUGAUUUAUCCUGGUGAACGUUUUGAUGCUGAUCAACAAUGUAUGUUAAAAUACGGAAAAGAUUCAAUACGAUCACGGGCUCAGCCACUUAAAGAGAUUUGUCGUGACUUACACUGCCAGAGAGAUCGAUACACAUGGACAUCUCAUCCAGCUCUGGAAGGAACAAGUUGUGCAGAAUCUAAGUGGUGUCGAAGCGGUGUUUGUAUUGCAAAAACGUCAGCCUUUGAAAAGUAUACGGCUAUCGCGAAACCGUUAGCAUCGGAGACGUCAGAAAAAUCGAAUUUAAUUGAUGAUCGAAAAUUUAGCAAUUUCAUGAAAUCCGAACACAGCAUAAAUCGACCGACGCUGAUAUCGACAUGGAGUGAGUGGUCAAAGCCGACUGAAUGUGAAUCUGGUUGUUUAUUUGGUGAAACGGGGCGAUUAAGAGAAGGUAGCUCGGGUUUAAAAACAUUCCGUCGUACAUGUCACGACUACAGAUGGUCACGAAAGAAGUGCUUUGGCUUGGAUAAGAGAUACGAAACAUGUUUUUCAAAACAGUGUUAUAAUGUGCCACGAACGAGUGUUUUGGACUUUGCAAAUCAAAUAUGCGAACGAGCAAAAAAGUUCGAUUCCAGCAUAUUGGGUGAAGGAUUGCAAGUAGUUAGCGAUAAUCCGGAACAUUCAUGCCGUGUGUACUGUGCUGGUAAAAAUGGAAAACCGGUCACAAAAAGUUGGACAUUUCCGGAUGGUACAAUUUGCAAGAAUCAAAAUUUUGACAUCGACGACAGUUUCUUCUGUGUGAAUGGUCGUUGUGAGAAAUUUUCCUGUAAUAACUCAACCAGCAAUUAUUUCACAUUGGACCCAUCGUUUUGUGUUCAGAAUAUCGUGAAUGCAAAAUUGACAAAAAAUACCACAAGCAGCGAGCCGGUAACUGAGAAUGGUCGCGAUUUUAAGAAUGUCGAUAAAAUGCGUCCAUCAGCAGCAAGUUUGGUUCAACGUUACACAAGGAAUGAUCCUGAAUUACCGAAGCCACUUCGAACGCCGAAUAAUUUCCCAAAGUCGAAGCUAAAUCGAAUUCGAUCGAAUGCAUUGCGACUAAAUCGUGGUGAAUUACAUAAUCAAACGACAUUCUCGGCAGAUGAUUGGAUUGUUAAAUCGGGUUGUCAUUUUAGUUGUUUGGAAAAUUCCAUGGGCAUUCAAAUAAUUUCAUCAAAAUCAGAUCAUUCCACAAACAUUCAACUUUGUAAUGCGGAAUUUAUCUCUUGCGAUAAAAUUGAAACAACACAAGAGUUUGCCACAAAUUUAUGUAAAAAGUAUCAGCGUAAAGUUCGUGGUUUGUCUGGCAAUGGGAUGCAAAUAGCGCCUAGUUCAAUUGAUCCAGAUCGCGGUUGCAAAGUUGCAUGUCAAGAUGAGUAUCUAUCACAUCGCUUCUAUUUGGUGAACGGUGAUCAAGGUUUCUUUCCAUAUGGUACAAAAUGUUCACGUGAUGCGGCUAGUGACAAUCGUUACUGUGUCAAUGGAAAAUGCUUACAAUUCGAUCAAAGAAAUAUUCCACUGGUUGAGUCACACAUCAGUUUGGCUCUGUAUCGAUCAAGACGUUCGUCAACACAAUCAAAUGAUGCACAAAAUAAUGGACGAAGUAAACGGAAUUUCUUAUUUUUCGAACCGGUUAACAUAACAGAAAGAUUAUCAAAGGAAUUACUACAAAAUAUCGUAAACAAUUUAGUGAUCACGAUGACACCCGUACAAGAUGAGCAUUUGAAUGAACAUCAACUUGAUUUAAUAAAUCCAAUACACAUAUCAUUUGAUGACAUUCAUAAUUUAAACAAUAAGUUAAGUUAGAAUUUUAUAAAUAUUUUAUAGAUCAAUCAACUUCUUUUUUUUAAAUUAAAAACAAAAAAAAUCGCAAUGAUUUUUAUUGCCUACAAAAAACGUUGUUUUUAUUCAAACUCAACGGAUGGAAGGCGAUUUUAAAAAGAUACGUCGAAGAAAUUGAAAGACGGGUUGUUAAGGGAAUUUUUUGAAUUCGGACCGUUUCCAACCUCUAAUUGAUAUGAUAUUCUUAUUGAAAUUUAUUUUGGUUUUUUUCUGUGACCCUCCUCCAAUUUAU